CCUUGCCCUCCCUUCGCCCUCACUGAAGUGCCUGGACACGGCAACGUUGUUAUCUGGGUAAUUAGCUUCAGACCCUGGACUGAGGCUGGCCAGGUCCUGGGCUGCUUCCCACAGGCUGUGCACCCUGACCCCAAGAGGGAGGUGAGGUCCUGUCUGCUGAGCAGCCGAGGUGUCAGGGCUCUUGAGAGGCAGGCUGUGGGCACCCUCCCACACUGCCCUUUCUGCCUGGGGCCCAUGUCCCUCAGGACUGCCUGGGCCUGGUCGCGGCGUGGGGCCUUGUGACCCAGCCUUGCCUAGGGCAGAGGGCACCACCGAGCCUUAGGGAGGGGAUGCCCCCACGGGUGCUGGUCCAGCCUGCCGCCCCACUCCUGAGGCCCAGUCUGGCCCCUGUGCUCCCCGGUCUGGUGCCCCGAGCCGCCCCCCCGGCAGGUAGCCCCCGCCAUGGCCGAGCACCUGGAUCUGCUGGCAGAGAUGCCCAUGGUGGGGAGGAUGAGUACACAGGAGCGGCUGAAGCACGCGCAGAAGCGGCGUGCCCAGCAGGUGAAGAUGUGGGCCCAGGCUGAGAAGGAGGCCCAGGGCAAGCAGGGCCAUCGGGAGCGGCCGUGGAAGGAGGCAGCCCGUGGCAGGCCACAGAAGCGGGUCCUUUUCCCUCCUGGUGUUACCCUUCUAGAGGCUGCUGCCCGAAAUGACCUGGAAGAAGUCCGCCAGCUCCUUGAGAGUGGGGUCAGCCCCGACCUGGCCAAUGAGGAUGGCCUGACGGCCCUGCACCAGAGCUGCAUUGAUGACUUCCGGGAGAUGGUGCAGCAGCUCCUAGAGGCUGGGGCCAAGGUCAAUGCCCGCGACAGUGAGAGCUGGACACCCCUGCAUGCUGCGGCCACCUGUGGCCACCUGCACCUGGUGGAGCUGCUCAUUGCCCGUGGUGCCGACCUCCUGGCCGUCAACACUGAUGGGAACAUGCCUUAUGACCUCUGUGAGGAUGAGCAGACGCUGGACUGCCUGGAGACAGCCAUGGCCAGCAGCGGCAUCACCCAGGACCGCAUUGAGGGGGCCCGGGCGUUGCCAGAGCUGUGCAUGCUGGACGACAUCCGCAGCCUGCUGCAGGCGGGAGCCGACAUCGAUGUCCCCCAGGACCACGGGGCCACGCUGCUACACAUCGCAGCUGCCAACGGAUUUGGCGAGGCAGCUGCCCUGCUGCUGGAGCACCGGGCCAGCCUGAGCACCAAGGACCAGGACGGCUGGGAGCCGCUGCACGCUGCAGCCUACUGGGGCCAGGUGCAUCUGGUGGAGCUGCUCGUGGCACACGGGGCCGACCUGAAUGGGAAGUCUCUGAUGGACGAGACGCCUCUCGACGUGUGCGGGGACGAAGAGGUGCGGACCAAGUUGCUGGAGCUGAAGCACAAGCAUGACGCGCUCCUGCGUGCCCAGGGCCGCCGGCGCUCUCUGCUGCGCCGCCGCACCUCGAGCGCGGGCAGUCGGGGGAAGGUGGUGAGGAGGGUGAGCCUGACCCAGCGCACCAGCCUGUACCGCAGGGAGCAUGCCCAGGAGGCCAUUGUGUGGCAGCAGCCACCGCCCACUAGCCCAGAGCCGCCCGAGGAGGACGAGGAUGGCCAGACGGACGCGGAGCUGCGACCCAUGCCCAACGAGGAGGACGACCCCGAGUCGGCCAGGCCGCACAAUGGCCUAGUUGGAGGCACCCCAGGGCGGCACCUGUACUCCAAGCGGCUGGACCGGAGCGUCUCCUACCAGCUGAGCCCCCUGGAGAGCAGCACCCCCGAUGCCCUGGUCCGGGCCAAGGCCCACCACACGCUGGCAGAGCUGAAACGCCAACGAGCCGCUGCUAAGCUGCAGCGUCCCCUGCCUGAAGGACAUGAAGCCCCCGAGCCUGGCUUGCCUGCGGACGCCGAGAACCCCCAGCCAGAGUGCAGCUCCGGGGCUGGGGGAGAUCCGCCCCUGCUGAAGCUCACAGCACCCUCAGAGGAGGCCCCCAUGGAGAAGAGGCCCUGCUGCCUGCUCAUGUGA